AAUCUCCCAACUUAUCUCUGUAAUCUCUUGGCAAUGGUCGAUAUAUUCUUACGUCCAUGAAAUACGUGGCAAACUGGUUCAGUUCAGUCAAAAUUAUUCAAACAUCUUAAACUGUACACGGAUAUAGGCCAUAUUUAUAAAUUCGUGUCCUCAAAUGGCAACUCAGACGUAUGUUUUUGACGUGGAGAUGACAUGUGAAGGAUGUUCCAAUGCGGUACAGAAAGUGCUUUGUAACAAGGCAGGUAUAGAUAAUGUUACUGUCGACCUCCCAGGAAAAAAAGUAUUAGUUACUUCUACAUUAUCUUCGGAUGAAAUUUUGAGUUAUAUUAAGAAGACUGGUAAAUCGUGUACAUUCGUAGGAAUUAAUAAGUAAUACAUUUUACAAUUGGUAAGAAUAUAUGGCAACACCUGAAUUUUACUUUCAGGCAGCUUUCAAUGAAUAUAUGAAGAUCUAUAUUAUAUUUGCAAACAGUUUACAAUGCAGUAGAUACGAAAUUUAUAACUGAGUGUACUAUGUGAUAUAAUGUACAAAACUAAGCAAAAGAAUAUGAUUUUCCAAGAUUAAAUGAGAGAAUUUAUUCUAUAA